AUGUCUACGUUUGAUACGAACGUUGACUAUAGCGAGAGUCGAGCAGCUGAGAUCAAUACAAUCGGAUGGGUAUUUACUGGCAUUGCUAUCGCUGUCGUUGCCUUGAAGAUAUUCUCUCGUGUGGAUAGCAAGCGUGCUGGAUGGGAUGACUUUUUUAUUUUUUUCUCAUUGGCUCUUAGUAUACUUGCCACCUCAUUCGUCUCCCGCUCGGUCACAUUGGGAUUUGGGCGACAUACUGCAGCAGUUGUCGCAGAGCAUGGCUUAGAGCGCUAUGAAAAGACUGCUUAUUGGCAGAUCAUUGCAUUUCCGUUCAAUAUCGGUGCAUUUAGCUUCCCCAACAUCUCGAUUGCGAUCUUGAUCGUCGAUCUACUGGACCCUAACAUCUAUCGCAAAUGGUGUCUCUAUCUUAUGACAAUAUUCCAAGUGAUCUUUGCUAUGAUCUCGGUAUUCAUUGUGUUCUUCCAGUGUAAGCCCACGGCAAGACUAUGGACCCCCACGUUGGACGGCACUUGCUGGAGCUCGGAUGUCUUCGACGAUUUCUCCUACUGGGUCAGUGCCUAUACGGCUAUAACGGACAUCAUUCUGGCGAUUGUCCCCAUUCGAGCAUUUUGGAAACUACAAAUGCGAACCUCGACCAAACUCAGUGUCUGCAUCAUGAUGGGAUUGACAUUGCUCUCGGCAAUCGUCACGAUCGUUAAAGCGACCUAUUUACAUCUCUUUACAAACCACACGGAUCCACUAUGGGUCCCCGUGCCACUGGUUCUUUGGGGCUUGGUUGAACAAAAUGUUGUUAUUAUCGCUGCCUGUAUCCCAACCCUCCGCCCUUUUUUUCGCAAAACAUUCAAAUCUACCCUAGGUUCUUCCGAGGGGAGCACUUCACGGAGUCGUUCGGGAUCCGGAUUCAAGCUUCCUUCCAACCCGAUCACUGGUGGUGCUAACAAAGCCCCGUCCUCUGUCUCGGAGUUUCCCCUGAGGAACACGCGGCAAAAAAGUCAUGGCGAAGAUAGCCAUGGCAGCGAUCAUGAUGGGUCAUGGCAUGGCAUGGAGCCCUGA